AGUAAGAGAGAGGAUACAAGUUCUGUAUAUAUAUAUAUAUAGCCAUACCCUGUGUCCUGAGAGUAAGGUUUUAACAAUGGCGACACUGAGAAAUGCAGGGAUGUUUCCUCUGUCGGUUUGUGGCCAGGAUGAGAUAGAGCAUCUGUCUAGAGAAAGUAGCCAUUACAGCCUCUCUACUGGGAUUCUUCCUUCGCUGGGAGCAAGAAGUAACCGGAGAGUCAAGCUCCGGCGAUUCAUCAUCUCCCCGUAUGACCGCCGCUACAGGGUAUGGGAAACUUUUCUUGUUCUUCUGGUCAUCUACACUGCUUGGGUGUCACCUUUUGAGUUUGGAUUUCUUAGAAAACCAGAAAGACACCUAGCCAUUGCGGACAAUGUUGUCAAUGGAUUCUUUGCUGUGGAUAUUAUUCUCACUUUCUUUGUAGCUUACCUCGAUAAAACUACUUACCUCAUUGUUGACAGUCCAAAGAGGAUUGCCUGGAAGUAUGGAAGUUCCUGGUUGGCUCUUGAUAUCAUAUCUAGUAUCCCAUCUGAACUUGUUCAGAAGAUUUCCUCUAAGCGAUUACAGUCAUAUGGGUUUUUCAAUAUGCUUCGCCUUUGGCGUCUCCGGAGAGUUAGUGCCUUGUUUUCCAGAUUGGAGAAAGACAGGAACUACAACUACUUUUGGGUUCGAUGUGCAAAGCUUAUUUGUGUUACCCUGUUUGCUGUUCAUUGCGCUGCAUGCUUCUAUUAUCUUAUUGCUGCCAGUUAUCGUAAUCCUGCGAAUACAUGGAUUGGAGCCGCACUUGGACAGGACUUCCUUGAGCAGGGUGUGUGGAAUCGUUAUGUUACAUCAAUUUACUGGUCUAUCACUACACUAACAACUGUGGGCUAUGGUGACUUGCACCCGGUGAAUUUAAGGGAGAUGAUCUUUGACAUCUUCUAUAUGUUCUUCAACCUUGGAUUGACAGCAUAUUUGAUUGGAAACAUGACCAACUUGGUUGUCCAUGGAACCAGCCGAACUAGAAGAUUUAGGGAUACCAUCCAAGCUGCUUCAAGUUUUGCUCAGAGGAACCGAUUGCCACUUCGCCUACAGGAUCAGAUGCUUGCACAUUUGUGUUUGAAAUUCAGGACUGAUUCUGAGGGAUUGCAGCAGCAAGGGACUCUUGAUUCCCUUCCUAAAGCCAUUCGAUCAAGUAUUUCACAUUAUCUUUUCUACUCGCUUGUGGAUAGGGUUUACUUGUUCUGUGGGAUUUCCAAUGACUUGCUUUUCCAACUGGUCUCAGAAAUGAAAGCUGAAUAUUUUCCUCCAAAAGAAGAUGUCAUUCUACAGAAUGAAGCACCAACAGAUUUCUACAUUCUUGUCACCGGUGCUGUGGAUCUACUAGUUCUUAAGAAUGGAGUUGAACAGGUUGUUGGAGAGGCAAAAUCAGGUGAUCUUUGUGGUGAGAUAGGGGUCCUUUGCUAUAGGCCCCAGCUCUUUACAGUGCGGACAAGACGAUUGUGCCAACUGCUUCGGAUGAAUCGUACUACAUUUUUUAAUAUUGUUCAGUCCAAUCUCGGAGAUGGGACCAUAAUUAUGAACAAUCUCCUGCAGCACUUGAAAGACCUGAAUGAUCCAAUUAUGCAAGGAGUUUUGCUGGAGACAGAGAACAUGCUGACUCGUGGUAGAAUGGAUCUACCUCUCAAUCUUUUCUUUGCUACACUAAGGGGAGAUGACUUGCUAUUGCAUCAGCUGUUGAAACGGGGGCUUGAUCCUAAUGAGGCAGACAACAAUGGGAGGACAGCUUUGCACAUAGCAGCUUCCAAAGGAAGUGAGAACUGUGUGCUUCUCUUGCUGGAUUAUGGUGCAGAGCCUAACUGCAAAGACUCAGAUGGGCUUGUACCUUUGUGGGAAGCAAUGGUGGGGGGUCAUGAAAAAGUGGUCAAACUGCUUAUUGACAAUGGUGCAGAUAUCAAUGCAGGAGAUGUUGGUCGCUUUGCAUGCACUGCUGCAGAGCAGAACAACUUGGACUUGCUUAAAGAAAUUGUUCGUUAUGGAGGCAAUGUCACGCGUCCUAGGAGCAACGGUUCCACUGCUCUUCAUUUAGCAGUAUGCGAGGACAACAUUGAAAUGGUCAAAUUCCUCUUGAAGAAAGGAGCUGAUAUUGACAAACCAGAUGUCAAUGGCUGGACUCCUAGAGGUCUAGCUGAACAACAAGGACACGAAGACAUUAAAACGCUGUUCCAGUCUUCUUCAGAGAUCGAAGUACAAUCUGUUAUGGUAGUACCAGAGAAGCAGGAGCCAUGCUACCUUGGGAGGUUUACAAGUGAGCCAAACAUUCUUCCAGCAUCCCAAGAUGCCACAGACGGGUCAUUGAGCCAACCCCGUCCAAGGCGUAGGAAUAACAACUUUCACAAUUCACUAUUUGGGAUAAUGUCAGCCGCACACAAUGUGAAGAAAGACUUAUUGCUCCCAGUUCACCAAGCUAGUAGUUCCAAGACUUGUAAUGUUGAUCCUGCUAGAGUGAUAAUUAGUUGCCCGCAAAAGGGAGAAGUCACCGGGAAGCUUGUUCUACUUCCACAGAGAUUUGAGGAUUUGCUCGACAUUGGUGCCAAGAAAUUAGGCGUAAGUCCCGUUAAAGUUUUGAGCAAAUAUGGACCUGAGAUUGAUGAUAUAGAGGUCAUAAGAGAUGGAGAUCAUCUCAUUUUUGUUAGUGAAGCUGGGAUCCAGGAUACUAACAGCCAAAACCCACAAAAUAUUGGGGUUUCUUAGUAGGUCAUCUUUCUAACUCUUUUCUUUUUUCAUUUUGAUAUAUGGUGCCACGUGCAGUUCCAGUAUUAAGAAUUUGCAUUAGAUGGAUCGCCAAUUUGUUUACUUUUUAAAAAAUAUAAAAUCUUUCACAAGGUGUGUACUCUAUUCACGUUUCAGUCAAUUGAAAUGUAUGUACUAUUUACUCCCCUGUUUUUUUAAUCUACUCGGAAUAUAUGUAACAAUAUCAU